AUGCCCAUUUCAUGUGGGGCCCUCCUUACCCAUCAAGCUUUUGUAAUGGCUUCUAUCCUUACAACGCGGACCAUUUCAUCAAGCUCCAGCUUGGAGCCGCAUCGCUCCUCCUUCCGAGUUCGCCCGUCCCGCUCUCUCUUUUGGGCCGCCGCCCUAGCCCGCGCCAUAGCAGCACUGCGUCACAUGGUCCUACCAGAAGCUUCGGCCCAUGGAACCCGAACCUUUGGUGGUCCGCGUCCACUGUGCGAUCCUCUUCUACAAGCCCGCUUCGACUUCUGUGCUUGA